AAUAUGAAAUUCGUUCAUUAUUUAAUUCAAAUUUUACCCUCAUCUAAAAUUUUUUAAAUUUCAGUUCUAAAAAUUGCUUUUAAGUCUGUAAACGUUAUAAUUAAAUGAUUUAAAUCCUAAUUAUUAUCCUUUCUGGAGUCUCUUGGGUAUUCAAGUGGGCACACGCCCCCUUCAUUUUGUGCAGCGCUCGCAUCCGCACGCACUUGUUCAUUAAGUUGUUUUUCCGUCUACCACCACCUGCCACCUUUUACUCUCCCUUUCAAUCCUAUGCAGCUGAUUAUCCAUUCACUAUUCACUUCUUUAGUUCCUCUGUUUCUCGCGAUUCUUAUUCUUUCGUCAUUUCCUUUAUCUCUAGAGCUAGAAGUGAGCACUCAAAAGUCAACGAAAAAAUAAUUUCGUCAUCGCAUACAAAAUAAUGUUGCUUUUGUGAUAGCAAACCGUGCAGCGUGGCUAUUUUUGUUAAAAUUUUGUAAAAACUUAAAGAGAUCGAGUUGUAAAAAACACCUAGCUGUGUGAAGAAAGAAGCAUUUAAAAAUUAUAAAAUUAAAAAUGGUUUUGGACGAGUACAAAGACCUGGUUGGAGCAGUGGCGUCGGUCACCACCAUCCUGCAGUUUUUCUCAGGAGUUUUCGUCUGCUUGGACAUCAAAAAGAAAGGGAACUCUGGAUCAGAUUCAGUCUUGCCGUUUCUAGGAGGAUGCGUGAUCGGAGCCCUGAACUUGAAAUACUCGUUUCUGCUGGCCGACUCGGCCAUGACGGUGGUCAGCGCCGUUGGUGUGCUGAUAAACUUGGGCUACCUCGCCUUUUAUUACGCUUACUCAAACUGCAAGGGUGAAGUGAACAAGGCCAUAACGCAGGGUGUCAUCUUCGCCCUGUCGCUGCUCUUUUACGCCCAGUUUUGGGAGGACCCGGAACUUGUCGAGGACCGGUUUGGCGCCAUUCUGACCGUGCUCAUGCUUUUGCUACUUGCCUCCCCACUGCUCUCGCUGGGUGAAGUUAUUCGUACACAGAGCACCGCAUCUCUACCAUUCCCAAUAAUUUUGGCCAGCACUGUUGUGACGUUUGAGUGGCUCCUUUACGGAAUCAUCAUUGACAAUAUAUUCAUUCAGAUCCAAAACGGAGUCGGUUUAGCCCUCUGCGCAUUGCAGCUGUCCCUCUUUGCCAUUUAUCCACGCACUCCAGUCGACAAGAAGAAGGAUUAAAUAACUUCAUCUUGCAGCAUUUUACAUUCCUCUUAAAUUAUUUCUAUUCAGCCUGUGUGAUAGCAGCAAUUUUAGAAAUCUAAGAUAUUCCACGCUUUUUGCUAAAAAUAUUAAUGACUAUGUCUUCCACGUAACAGCCAAAAAUGAUGUUUGUCGAGAAUGAAUUAGAAAGUAAUUAUACAAAUUACUGAUAUAUGGACAAUAAUAUUCCAAACAAUUAUGAUAUGAAAUUGUAAUAUUCCAUUUAUAAAUCAAAUGAAUAACCAUUCCUAAUUCGGACAAUAAUGAAUUUUAUAAAUUGGAUUAAAUAUGCAAGACUUAACUAUAGUCUAUACUUUCCGAGGUGGCCCUAAAAGCUUCUAUUAUGCGAUACAAUUAGACUAGCAUUUGUGAUUAUAUAUUUAUGAAGUCAUCUUUAGGAAAGAUUUUGCAAAUUCUAUAGUAUAGUUUGUUUCAAGUUGCUUCGGCUAGUCUAAAAAAUAUACAUUUUCAUGUUCGUUUUUUAAUUUUCUGUAAUGAAAAUGAUUUUCUUUUUCAUACAUAUUUUGAUUUUUUGUUACUCUUCGUUUUGUUAAAAUAAAAAUUGAAGUGUUAUAACUUCAUUUCAA